CUAUAAUCUUUGGUUUAUGUUUUUUCUUGAAACGGUUUUGAGAGGUAAUUCUUUAGCUUGCUUGUGUUCCCUCACUACAAAUAUGAAGUGGGGGACAGGGGGUGGGAGGAAUUACAAUCAGGCAACUCAUAAACCCACUAAAAGUACAUGGAAUUGUUGAGCCUCUUUUGGUAAGUAGCCUAAAAACAAGCUUUCAAGAUUACUAUAAUGCUUUAUUUGCAGCACCUCUUGUUGUGUAAUCAAAUUUUUUCUUACCUUGCAUAACAUAUUUUCGUAAUUCAAGAAGUUCAUUGCCCUCUCCUGUUUUGUGGCAGAAUGAGCUCGAGAGAUGUUCGAUAGUUCUGGCAACAAUCUGCCCACAUUGGCGAUGUGAUAGGACAUUUAAACAAUGUAGCCAAUACUCGCAAACAAAAUAUCUGUAAUAAAAGCUACAUUGGCGAUUGUACUAAUUUGUCAAUGGCUACAUUGUUACACUACCUAAAUCAACACUGCGUAAACUUUGCGCAACGGCAUUUCUUGGAUCAACGGGCUACAGAUGUUUUGUUUGUAAAUCAGUUCUGAACUUAUUUUUUCAGUCAAGGUUUUUUAAGACAUGUCACAACAUCAGAGACCAUCAGAAAACAAGGCAAGUAUCUUAUUAACAAAGUCUUUAUUACGCUUUUAUUACACAAUAUUUCCAUAAAGGAACAUUACGUUUUUGACUAUUGUCGACAUGCAGAAGUGUGCUAAAAUGUGCUUGUCAUACAGCACAUGCAGAGCAAAGCUUUGUCGUAGAGAACUUAACUUAUAUUAGGUUAUGUAUUGGAUCAUUGAAUGAUUGAUUUUGUUCCUCUGGGAAUAAAAUUGAUUUUAACCUGCACUUGAUUUUAUGUACUCUUAACCUCAUAACCUCUUUGAGUGUCCUGAAAGGCGUCUGCCAAAUAUAAUUAUUUAUUUAUUAUUUAUUAAUGGUUAUCAGAUGAUGAUGGCAGUGUGUGUUGACACACCAGGGGGACCAGAGAGUAUGCUGUUGAGGAAUGUCCCCAGACCUCAACCUGAACAUGGAGAAGUCCUCAUCAGAGUCCAUGCAACCGCUCUCAACAGGGCUGACACAUUGCAGGUAUACCCCUAUAGACCAUAUGAAUAUUCAUCUAUGGCUCUACGAUCAACAACAAAGUCUUUGUCACUUCUUUCACCUCAUAUUGGACAGUUACGGGAUCACUGUUGGCCUAUGCCUGUAUAGCGUCGCCUAUAGCAAGCUCAUAUAGAGGUGAAUGUUCAGCAGGCUCAAUUGCUAAAGUGAAUUGCAAAUAUGAUGUUAACUAUUGUUAUGCUAAGAUAAUAAAGUUGUUUCUAUUUUUGACAGAGGAAAGGACUGUACCCCGCUCCACCUGGUGAGAGUGAGGUCCUGGGUUUGGAGGCGGCUGGUACGGUGGUCAGCGUUGGCCCAGGGGGUUAGGAAGUGCUGGGGGCCCGGGGACCGGGUCAUGACCCUACUCUCUGGAGGGGGGUAUGCCGAGUAUGUGGCUGUUCCAGAGGAGCUUCUCAUGUCUAUCCCCCCUCAUCUCACUGUCUACCAGGCUGCUGCCAUACCUGAGGCCUGGCUCACUGCAUUUCAGCUCCUGCACUUCGUAGGUAGGCCCAUAUAGCCACUUUUCUUUUUCUUUAGCCUUUCUUUAACCAGGAAGUCCCAUUGAGGUCAGAAUACCUCUUUUCCAAGGGAGACCUGCUUGGCCAAGAAAGGCUACUUCAUAUUUGCAUUGAAGCAUUCAAUCAAAGCACCGAUCAGGAAACCCAGACUUGUAGAUGUAUGAUGUACAGUGGCUUGCGAAAGUAUUCACCCCCCUUGGCAUUUUUCCUAUUUUGUUGCCUUACAACCUGGAAUUAAAAUGGAUUUUUUUGGGGUUUGUAUUAUUUGAUUUACCACUUUGAAGAUGCAAAAUAUUUUUGUGUGUGAAACAAACAAGAAAUAAGACAAAAAAACGGAAAACUUAAGCAUGUAUAACUAUUCACAGCUGCAAGUCUCUUGGGGUAUGUCUCUAUAAGCUUGGCACAUCUAGCCACUGGGAUUUUUGCCCUUUCUUCAAGGCAAAACUGCUCCAGCUCCUUCAAGUUGGAUGGGUUCCGCUGGUGUACAGCAAUCUUUAAGUCAUACCACAGAUUCUCAAUUGGAUUGAGAUCUGGGCUUUGACUAGGCCAUUCCAAGACAUUUAAAUGUUUCCCCUUAAACCACUUGAGUGUUGCUUUAGCAGUAUGCUUAGGGUCAUUGUCCUGCUGGAAGGUGAACCUCCGUCCCAGUCUCAAAUCUGUGGAAGACUGAAACAGGUUUCCCUCAAGAAUUUCCCUGUAUUUAGCGCCAUCCAUCAUUUCUUCAAUUCUGACCAGAUUCCCAGUCCCUGCCGAUGAAAAACAUCCCCACAGCAUGAUGCUGCCACCACCAUGCUUCACUGUGGGGAUGGUGUUCUCGGGGGGAUGAGAGGUGUUGGGUUUGCGCCAGACAUAGCGUUUUCCUUGAUGGCCGUAAAGCUCAAUUUUAGUCUCAUCUGACCAGAGUUUUUUUUUCUUUAAGCAAUGGCGUUUUUCUGGCCACUCUUACGUAAAGCCCAGCUCUGUGGAGUGUACGGCUUAAAGUGGUCCUAUGGACAGAUACUCCAAUCUCCGCUGUGGAGCUUUGCAGCUACUUCAGGGUUAUCUUUGGUCACUUUGUUGCCUCUCUGAUUAAUGCCCUCCUUGCCUGGUCUGUGAGAAUUGGUGGGCGGCCCUCUCUUGGCAUUUUUUUAAAUAAUGGAUUUAAUGGUGCUCCGUGGGAUGUUCAAAGUUUCUGAUAUUUUUUUUAUAACCCAACCCUGAUCUGUACUUCUCCACAACUUUGUCCCUGACUUGUUUGGAGAGUUCCUUGGUCUUCAUGGUGCCACUUGCUUGGUGGUGCCCCUUGCUUAGUUGCGUUGCAGACUCUGGGCCCUUUCAGAACAGGUGUAUAUAUACUGAGAUCAUGUGACAGUUACACCAGAUCUUAUUUAGGGGCUUCAUUUCACUUCAUCAAUUUGGACUAUUUUGUGUAUGUCCAUUACAUGAAAUCCAAAUAAAAAUCCAUUUAAAUUACAGGUUGUAAUGCAACAAAAUAGGAAAAACGCCAAGGGGGGUGAAUACUUUUGCAAGGCACUGUAUCUCUUCUUUCAUAGCUCAGGUGAAGGAGGGAGAGAUAGUGUUGGUGCACGCUGGGGCCAGUGGGGUUGGGACUGCCGCUGUCCAGCUGGUCCGAUUGGCUGGGGCUAUUCCCAUAGUUACUGCAGGAAGCUCUGAGAAACUACAGAUGGCAGAGACACUGGGAGCCGCUGCUGGUUUCAACUACAAACAGGAGGACUUUGCAGAGAAAGUUAAUGAUUUUACAGCAGGUGAGUUAAUAAUCAGAUCAAUGAGAACAUAAAUGCCACUUCACAUAAUAAUGAAUCUAGGGUGGUUGUGAACUGCUUACAACAUUGAGUUAGUGCAUUUGAUAAUUGUCUGUAUCAUAUGCAUACAAACCAUUGUGUGUAAAUACAAAUCUUAGACAUAUGGAGAGAGAUGUAUCCAGUGAAACCAUUGGAUCAAACUAGACUAAACAGGCAAGCUUUGUGCAGGCAGAGGAGCAAACGUCAUCCUGGACUGCAUUGGUGGGUCCAACUGGGAGAGGAACGUGGCCUGUCUGGCCACAGAUGGACGAUGGGUGCUGUAUGGCUGCAUGGGAGGAAAGGCCGUGGCGGGAGACAUACUGGGCAAGCUGCUGUCCAAACGAGGACAGCUCCUCUGUAGUCUCCUCAGGUCACGCAGUCUGCAGGUGAAGUAUUGACGAUUGAUUGAUUGAUCAAUUGAUUUAUUGUCCUUUGACAGGAAAUUCUUUCCACAGUAGAAACUAAUAGUAUAAGGUAAAUACAAAAGGUUAAAAUAUGAUGUCUGUGAAAGGCAGCGCUGACAACACAGAUUUUCUGUGUCAAUGAUGCCCAAAGUUAUACUUACAAUAUGUAUGAAAAAUGUAUGCACUCACUAACUGUAAGUCGCUCUGGAUAAGAGCGUCUGCUAAAUGACUAAAAUGUAAAUGUGUUGGACAUUGACCUCUAACUCAAACACCAUGGAAUGAAAUACUGAAGCCGUACCCCCAGCCUAGAACACUGUCUCUGUUACCACUUUCUAAAUGUGAAGUGUGUGAUCCUGUAUUUUCUCCUGUUAGUAUAAAGCAGAUCUGGUGAGAGCCUUCUCAGAAAGGGCCCUACCUCACUUCUCAGACCCCGCCAGCUCCCCCUGCCGCCUGAGGCCUGUGAUCGACUGCACGUUCAGUCUGGAACAGGUAGCUGAUGCUCACAGACACAUGGAAGCCAAUAGAAACAUGGGAAAGAUUGUCAUUAAUGUCAUGAACCCGCAAUGAUGGGACCACCGGUGACUUGUCAUCACUCCGUCUACUUCCAAACUCAACAUUUGGUUGAGCAACUUGGUUGAUGACCAUUCACCUCUAUAACGUAUAUCAAAAUAAAAUAAGAUGUUAUUUGUCACAUGUGCCGAAUACAACAGGUGUAGACUU